GGGCUCACGCUUAUAAGGGGCAGGAGCCUCUCAGGGCUGCCAGAAUGGCUCCCGCUGAGUGCAUGGCACCAGCCUGUAUCAUGUCCCAGCUGCGUUUCUGGGGCCCAUGGCCUCUCCUCACGUGGCAACUAUUGUGUCUACUAGUCAAGAAGGCUCAGCCUCUGGAGUGGGUCAAAGACCCGCUCCAGCUGACCUCUAACCCCCUGGGGCCGCCUGAGUCCCGGUCUUCCCGCUCCUCCCAUCUCCCAUGGGAAUCUCCCCAUGCGCCCACUCCCCCGCCAGACCCGGGGGACUUUGAUUACCUGGGGCCCUCUGCUCCCUCGCAGAUGUCAGCCCCGCCCCGGGAAUCGACUGAAAAUUUGGUUCCAUUCGUGGACCCGGAUUCAGCUGAAGAGCUCCCCCUGGGGCCAGAGCAGUUCUCCACUGUACACCAGGAUUUAAAUGACAAGUUGACUCCGCAAGAAAGGCUCCCAGAGGUGGUCCCACUGCUGGACGGGGAUGAGAACCAGACCCCAGUUCAGCUUCCGCACCUCAAAAGUAAGGUUCCAACUGCAGAUCUAGAUCGGGCUGAAGGUCAUCAGGCAGAUGAAAGACUUGUUCCGCUAGACAGUAAGACUUCAAAACCAACCACAUUUAUUGUUUCGCCCAAGAACCUGAAGAAAGAUGUAGCUCAGCGUUGGAGCCUUGCUGAGAUUGUUGGAAUUCCACACCAAUUAUCCAAGUCUGGGCAUCAGAAACAGACCUUGCAGGAUGAAUAUUCGAGUAUGGAUACACUGUAUCCCAGCAGCCUGCCUCCAGAACUCAGGGUGAACUCAGAUGAGCCUCCAGGGCCCCCUGAGCAAGUUGGACUUUCUCAAUUCCAUCUGGAGCCCGAAACUCAAAAUCCAGAGAUGGUUGAAGACAUCCUAUCCUCUUCACUCUGGCAAGAAGCCCCAGCGCAGCUUCCACAGCUCCCUGAGGAGGAAGAACCUUUUUCAACCCAGGAGGAGGCCCCAGCUCUGCCUCCAGCAUCCUCUAUGGAGAGGCUAACUCUACCGAAUCGUGAGGCAACAGUUCAGCCUCCAAGUGAGGAUCAAGCUGAUUAUAACUUGUCCACCAUUACAGUUAAACCUGCAGAUGUGGAGGUUACCAUGACUUCUGAGCCUAUCAAUGAGACAGAAUCUUCCCAAGCCCAGCAGGAGGCCCCAAUUCAGUUUCGAGAGGAGGCAGAACCUUCUGCAACCCAACAGGAGGCCUCAACUGAGCCUCCAGGUCCUCCUAUAGAGCAUGAACUUUCCAUCAGUGAGCAGGAGCAGCCAGCUCAGCCUUCUGAGUCUUCUGAGGUUGAAUCUUCUCAGACCCAGCAGGAGACCCCAGCUCAGCCUCCAGAAGAGAUGGAACCUUCUGCUAUCCAAGAGGAGGCCCUACCUGAGCCUCCAGGUCCUCCUGUAGAGCCUGAACUUUCCCUCAGUGAGCAGGAUCAGCCAGCUCAGCCUUCUGAGUCUUCUGGGGAGGCUGAAUCUUCUCCAACCCAGCAGGAGGCCCCAGCUCAGCCCUCAGAACAUCAUGAAGUCACAGUUUCACCUCCAGGUCACCAUGAAACUCAGCAUUCAGAUUUUCCCAAUGUCUCUGUUAAGCCUCCAGAUGUGCAGGUCACUAUAGCAACAGAGCCUAGUGCAGAGGUGGGAACUUCUCCAAUCCCCCAGGAGGCUACAGCUCAGCUCUCAGGGCCAGGUAAUGAUGUAGAAUCUCCCGCCAUCCAUCACGGGGGCCCACCUCUGCCUCCAGAGUCACUGGAAGAGGCUGGACCUUUAGCAAUUCAACAGGAGACUUCAGUUCAAUCUCCGAAACCUGUUAAUAAUGAGAACCCCUCUCCAACCCAGCAGGAGGCCCCAGCUCAGACUCCAGAGCUCCCUAAUGAAGUUGUAGCUCAACGUCCAGAGCAUCAUGAGGUAACAGUUUCCCCUCUAAGUCAUGAUCAAGUUCAGCUUCCAAUGUUGCACAGUGUCACUGUUAAUCCUGUGGAUCACGUGGUUACCAUGACUCCAGAUUUCACUAAUCAGGUUGAAAUGUUAUCCCAACAGGGGGCCCCAGCUCAGCCUUUAAUGUCCCCUGAGCAGUUUCAACAUUUGAAAGACCAGCAAGACAUUAUAACUCAGCAGCUAAAUAGACCUGAAAAUUAUGAACUUCCUCCAGUCCUCUCCUCAAACUUUGAAAGUUCACUGAAUGAUGAAGCAAUAGGUUCAUCUCUAUAUAUGUCAUAUGCAGAUGUAGAUAUGGGGUUUACCAGACCUACAGCAGUCACUAUGCGGAUACAACCUUCUCCAGUCCAGCAGGACAAUCCUGUUCCCCCUGAGCAGGCUGACUUUUCUCUAGCCCAGCCUGAUCUCCCUUCCCCACCUCUGCAUUCUCCUGAAAAGACUGAAUCUCCAGUCCAGCAAGAGGCCACAGCACCUCGGACUCCAGAACACCCUAAGGAGGCAGAACCUUCUCCAGUCCAGCGAGAGUUCCCAGCUGAGCCACCAAAGCCUCCUAAGGAGGCUGAACCAUCUGCAACCCAGCAGGAAGCCUCAGGUCAUCCUCUGAAGUCCACUGAAGAGGACACUCCUCCACUGCAGCAGGAGAUAGCAGCUCAGCCAUCAGAGCCACCUGAGAAGGUCGAACCAUCUCCAGUCCUACAGCAGGCCCCAACUCAGCUUUUAGAGCCACCUAAGGAGGUAGAAUCCUCUCCAGGUCAGCAGGCAGUCCCUGGUCAGUCUUCAGACUCCCGUAUGGUGACAGAACCCUCUCUGACCCAGCAGAUGGCCCCAUCUUUGCCUCCAGAGUUCCCUCAGGAGGUGGAACCAUCUCUAACUCAGCAGGAGGUUCCGGCUCAGAACCUCCAUAGGGAGGCAGAACCUUCUCUGACCCAGCAGGAGGCCACAGUUCAGGCUCCAGAGCCCCAUAAGGAGGUAGAAACUUCAAGGCAGCAGAUGAUCCCAGUGCAGCUUUCAGAGCCACCUAAGGAGGUUGCAGCUCAAUCUCCAGCUCAUGAUGAGGUGACAGGCCCAACACCAGGUCAGGAUCAAGCUCAGCAUUCAACAUUGCCCAGUGUCACAGUUCAGCCUUUGGACCUGGGACUUACCAUUGUUCCAGAACCCACUAUGGAGGUUGAAUAUUCUACACCCCUGAAGAAGACUAUAGUUCCUCCAAAGCCCCUUAAGGUGACACUUCCACAUCCAGACCAGGUUCAGACUCAUCAUUCACACCUGACUCAAGCCACAGUUCCACGUUUGGACCUGGGGUUUACCAACACUCCAGAAUCCACGACAGAGUUCGAACCUUCUAUAGCCCUGAUGACUACAGCUCCUCCUCCAGAACACCCUGAGGUGACACUUCCACCUUCAGACAAAGGUCAGACUCAGCAUUCACACCUGACUCAAGCCACAUUUCAACCUUUGGACCUGGGACUUACCAUCACUUCAGAACCCCCUACGGAGGUUGGACAUCCUACACCCCUGAAGCUGACUGUAGUUCCUCCAAAGCAUCCUAAGGUGACACUUCCACAUCCAGACCAGGUUCAGACUCUGCAUCGAAAACUGACUGAAGUCAGAAGUCCAAGUACUGAACUAGAACCUACUCAAGAUUCACUGGUUCAGUCUGAAAGUCACGCCCCAAAUAAGACUUUAACUGCACCAGAGGAACAGAAGGCCUCCACAAGCACCAACAUAUGUGAGCUCUGUACCUGUGGAAAUGAGAUGCUGUCAUGUAUUGAUCUCAGCCCAAAGCAGAGGCUCCGCCAAGUUCCUGUGCCAGAGCCCAACACCUACAAUGGCACCUUCACCAUCUUAAUUCUCAAUGAAAAUUAUUUGACUGAAUUACAUAAGGAUUCAUUUGAAGGCCUACUAUCCCUCCAGUAUUUAGAUUUAUCCUGCAAUAAAAUACAGUCUAUUGAAAGACUUACAUUUGAACCACUACCAUUUUUGCAGUUUAUAAAUCUUGGUUGCAAUUUACUCACAGAACUGAGCUUUGGAACAUUUCAAGCCUGGCACGGAAUGCAGUUUUUACACAAGUUGAUCUUACCUAGCCAUAUGGCCUGCUGCCUCUGCCAGUUUAAAAACGGCAUUGAGGCUGUCUGCAAGACAGUCAAGCUGCAUUGCAACAGUGCAUGUCUGACAAACACCAUACAUUGUCGUGAGUCCAAAUUGCCUGCUGAAGAAGCAUCCAUAGGGAAUCCAGAAGGAGCGUUCAUGAAGGUGUUACAGGCCCGGAAGGAGCACACGAGCACUGAGCUGACUAUUGAGCCGGAGGCGCCCUCAGACAGCAGUGGCAGCAACUUGUCAGACUUUGGGAGUGAGCAGCUAGACACCAAUGACGAGAGUGAGGUUAUCAGUGCACUAAGUUACAUCUUGCCUUAUUUCUCAGUGGUAAAUCUAGAUGUGAAAUCAACGUUGUUACCGUUCAUUAAACAGCUUUCUUCAAAUGUACAAGAUGGAGACAGGCCCCUGAGUAUUUUGAAAAACAAUAUAAAGAGCCCCUCUCUUCAACCUGCAUCCAACGACCCAACUUACGAAAUUUAUGAAAGUAAAUUGAGAAAGCUGUACUUGCUGGAAAAUACGUUAGAUGCAGAAAUACAGAAAAAAAUCGAUGAAGUUAAAAGGGAAGAAAAAACUGCCAUGCUUAUGCAGACCAGCUCUCUAGGUAACAAAUUUAAACGCCAAAUAUUUGAAAACAAAUUAGAAACUGUCCAACCACAGGAAAACAGCCUGGCAAAGAUUCAAAGAAUAGGCAACAACCUGCCUAGAGUGAACAGAGUCCUCAUGGGCCCAAGGAGCAUCCAGAAAAGGCACUUCAAAGAGGUGGGAAAGCCGAGCACCAGGAGGGAGGAGGGUGCACAGGCAUUUGUGGAGAACGCUGCCCAAGAAAAAAGGCUCGGGCGCCCCGUCCCAGGGGAGCUGGAACAGCCUCACGUAGAGCAGGGGCGUGAGAAGUCAGUGGGAAACACCGUCUACACCAAGCCUUCGUUCACCCAACAGCUUAACGCAGCAGUCUCCUCCAUGCUAAAACCCUUCUCCAUGGGCGAGCCUUCUGUCUUCACCCCUGCAAAAGCCCUACCUCAGGUCAGAGACAGAUCAAAAGACUUAACCCAUGCCAUUUUCAUUUUAGAAAAUGCAAAGGCUAGAGUUAAAAAUAUGGAGGCUGCCAAACCAAUCGUACAUUCCAGAAAAAACUACCGCUAUCAUAAAACUCGCUCCCGCCUGGCCCACAGAACACCCAAGGCCAAAAAGAGUCGAAAGUUCAGAAAGAAAAGUUAUCUCGAUAGACUGAUGCUCGCAAACAGGCCGCCGUUCUCUGCAGCGAAGAGCCUCAUAAAUUCCCCUUCACAAGGGGCUUUUUCAUCAUUAGGAGACCGGAGUCCUCAGGAAAAUCCUUUUCUGGAAGGAUUAGCUCCUUCAGAACGUUUUACAGAAAACACGAAUAUAAAAGACACAACUGCAAGAAAUGCCUUUGAAGAAAACAUUUUUAUUGAAAACACCAUUAUGCCAGUAGGCACCAUCUCUGAAAACACAAACUACAAUCCUCCUCCUGAGGCAGAUUCCACUGGGACUGUGUUCAACUUACGGCCAUCUGUUAAACAAACCCAUCCAACACAAUGGGAAUACAACAACGUGGGCACUGACCUGUCCUCCGAACCCAAAAGCUUCGAUUACCCGUUGCUCUCGUCUGCAGGUGAUCAGUUUGAAAUUCAGCUAACCGAGCAGCUACGGUCCCUCAUCCCCAACAACAAUGUGAGAAGGCUCAUUUCUCAUGUUAUCCGGACCUUGAAGAUGGACUGCUCUGACACCCGUGUGCAAGUGACCUGUGCCAAGCUCAUCUCCAGGACAGGCCUCCUCAUGAAGCUUCUCAGCGAGCAGGAGGAUGUAAAGGCGUCCAAGGCAGAAUGGGAUACGGAACAGUGGAAAACUGAGAACUAUAUCAAUGAGAGCACAGAAGCCCAGAGUGAACAAGAGCAGAGGUUGAGUGAGGUGAAGACCACACAGAAAUAUGAGACCCAGAUUUCCCAUCAUUUAGCGUAUGCCAGGAAAGUGCCCACACAGGAGAACCUGGGAUGCUCAGGCCACAGCCUGUCUUGGCCAUGUAACUUUGGCCAUGACUGUGAUCUCCCACUUUGCUCAUUUAGAGAGUGAAAUAGAUUAGUACACAAGAUGAACUGUAGGUGAGGUGGGGUGGCUCACACCUGUAAUCCCAGCACUUUGGGAGGCCGAGGUGGGUGGAUCACUUGAGGUCAGGAGUUUGAGACCAGGUUGGCCAACAUAGUGAAACCCUGUCUCCACAAAAAUAAAAAAAUUAGCUGGGGUGAUGACACAUGCCUGUAGUCCCAGCUACUUGGGAGGCUGAGGUGGGAGGAUCACCUGAACCCAGGGAAGUCGAGUCUAGUGAACUGUGUUCGCAUCACUGUACAACAGACUAGGUGACAGCGUGAGACUCUGUCUCAAAAAAAUAAAAAAAGAACCAGUAAGCUAUUCACCUGGAAUACUGGGGUUUUGAAUAGUUAGUUCUCAUUUUUUUUCUUUUAUUGUUUCUUUCUUUUUUUUUUUUUAGCUCACAAAAGAAGUUCAGCAAUAUGGAUAUAACAACAAACUCAUCUUGGCAUUAUUUGUGACCGAAAUACUAACGACUUUCAUUGUAAUUUUCUGCCUCAUUCUGGUAAGGACAACAAUUAAUUCAGGUUUUCAGAAUGCAGUCUUGUCUUUGUGUGGAUUCAAAGCCCACAAACUCAAAACCGAAGCUGCUUUCCCACCU